AUGAAGACAUUUUCAGAGCAACUCAACGAAAUGUGUCCUAAUCAAAGCCGGGGUGAUACGGCUAGUGCAGGUAACAACACAUUUGAUAGUGUGACAGAAGUAUCAAAGAAAGCUAUGAUGAGUCCAAACUCAGAUAUCUUUGAUGACUUCCUUUUGGAAGCUCUAAGAGUGGCCUUCAUCUUUCCGGCUAAUUUUAUUCUGUCCGUGGUGGGCGUUCUAACCAAUAUCUUCAACAUGCUAGUCCAGAUGAGGCUAGGUUUAAAGAGCAGCAUGGCCAUCGGAAUAUUUGCAUUGUCUAUGACCGACCUUGUGGUCACCUUCCUUCAGCUGGUCAUCAGUGUCUGCUACGUCCUGGACAAGAUCUACCCGGACUACGGGAUCGACUUCUGGGCAGUGGGGGUGUUCGUGUUCAGCUGGGCCCGCUACAUGUUCUUCUUUGUUUCAGGGUGGAUAACCACGACAAUCUCGAUUGAAAGGUGUUUCUGCGUCGUCUCCCCUUUCCAAGUGAGAACUAUUUUUACCAAGAAGCGCUGCGUGGCCGCCAUUCUUUUCAUUUACGCGGUGCAUUUCAGUUUAAUAGUACCGAUAUACGCAGUUCAGAAACUGAUUUGGACUUCGACCAGCUCCUGCGAGGAUAAUCAGACGGCUACCAGCGUGUUCACAUUCACAAUUGUCUUCACGGAAGAGUUUAUUGACGUCCAGGUCAUACUAAACAACGUUUACGCCAUUGCCCUGUCCGUGACCUCACAAUGCAUUAUAAUUGUCUGCACCAUCUGGAUGAUCUACUCUCUUAAGUCCUCGGCCAGAGUGCGGGUCGAUGAAAACCAAGCCAUCCUCACAAAACCCAACUUUACCGUCCUGUCCGAGCGCGAGCGAAGGAUGGUCAAGGUGGUGUUGGGACUGGUCAUUCUACUGACCUCCUGCAACAUACCUCGUUACGCCAUCAUUUGCGUCUACUACUUCCUCCCGGGGAUGAACGCCGGGAGCUACAAAAAUCUUUCCGAUUUCCUCUGGGACAUUUCAGAUCUUCUGAGUGUCAUCAACUGCUCAAGCAACUUCUUCGUUUAUCUUCUACUGAAUGUUAAUUUCAAGAAAACUCUAGCCACUUUAUUCAACUGA